CUUUCCUUUUGAACUUCAUGACUCAACGUCUGAGCAAAGCAAGAUUAUUGCUUUCAUAACAAAAAAUAAUUUAUCCACCGGGAUAAAAUGGAAAGUCACAUUUAAGACGGAAGAAAAGAAAAUAAACCUUGAUAACAAAAACACUCGAGUUUGCGUAGAGAAUUUUAGAGAAAAGAAAAUUGAAAACUAAGAAGAAAAUAUGACAGGUGAAUUGAUUUCCAACAUGCGAGUGUCUUGUAUUGUGGACAGCGACCAACAUCUUCUGAAUCGAAAGCCGACACCCGAAGUUCGUAGAAAGAUUAAACGAGAGAUAAAACAAACCAAAGAAAUUAAGGAAGAAUUUGAAGAAACACCUCUCGUAAUUGCAUUAACUGUUUACUUCUGUUAUGUGGUGCUAACAAUUUUUGGUCACAUUAGAGAUUUUGUCCGAAAAUUAGGUUUUGGCAAGAGCGAAGAAGUCAAGGAAGCCAAUCGAGAAGGUUAUGCUAAAUUAUAUGGGAGCUUCGAAAGCUUUUAUACUCGCAACAUCUACAAAAGGAUUGUGCAAGGAUGGAAUAUGUUUGUAUGUGGAGUCCCCGGUGUUCUGUUUAAACUAAAAAUAACAAUUUCACCUGAUUUUCAUCAAAAUAAAAAAUUUGGAGCUGAAAAAUGUCUAGAAGCUAUAAAUUUAGGAUCAUAUAAUUAUUUAGGAUUUGCUGAAAACACUGGAAAAUGCACUGACAGUGUAGAAAAGGUUAUUUUAAACUAUGGCAAUGGUAUAUGCAGUACUCACCAUGAAUUAGGUAAUUUAGAUAUUCAUAGAAAAUUAGAAUCAUUAGUUGCUGAAUUUCUCGGAGUAGAAGACAGUAUUACUGUAGGAAUGGGAUUUGCUACUAAUUCAACUAACAUUCCAACAUUAGUCUCUAAAGGGUGUCUCAUUUUAAGUGAUGAACUUAAUCAUGCUUCAUUAGUUCUGGGGUGUCGCUUAUCAGGCGCUAAGAUCCAAGUUUAUAAACAUAAUGAUAUGAAAGACCUUGAAGAAAAAGUAAAAAAUGCUAUUGUUGAAGGGCAACCUAUAUCACAUAAACCAUGGAAAAAGAUUUUAAUUAUUGUUGAAGGCAUUUACAGUAUGGAAGGAACAAUAGUAAAUCUUCCAGCUCUCAUUGCCAUUAAGAAAAAAUACAAAUGCUAUUUGUAUAUAGAUGAAGCUCACAGCAUUGGUGCAAUUGGAAGCAAAGGUCGAGGUGUGACAGAUUAUUUUGGCUGCGACCCACACGAUGUCGAUCUGUUAAUGGGUACUUUUACUAAAAGCUUUGGAGCUUCUGGUGGCUAUAUUGCCGGGUCUAGAGACUUGAUUAAUCACAUUCGAACUCAUUCUCACAGCGCUAGUUAUGCAACCAGUAUGUCUGCACCCGUUGCCCAGCAAAUAAUAAUGACCUUAAAAAUUCUAAUGGGAAGAGACGGCUCUACAGAAGGUGUUAAAAGAGUUAGACAAUUAGAAAGAAAUACCAGAUACUUCCGCAGGAAAUUAAAGCAACAAGGUUUUAUUAUAUAUGGCAAUGAAGACUCUCCUGUUGUGCCUCUUAUGCUCUAUUUCCCAUCGAAAGUGACGGUAUUUAUUCAAGGAUUAUUAAGUGGAGGUGUUGCCACAGUAGGAGUGUGUUAUCCUGCUACGACAGUUGUAACUUCCCGUGCGCGAUUUUGUAUAUCUGCAUCUCACACUAAAGAAAUGUUAGAUAAAGCUUUGAAUGUCAUAGGAAACGUAGGAAAUGAAAUUAUGGUGACUUAUUCCAAACAAGAUAGAUCUCAAACAGAAAUAAUUUACUAGUCAAUUUCAUACUUUGUAGAGCAAGUGCCUUAAGAGCUCCAAAACUCUGCUCCAGAAACAAGGCUUACUUGUGAUUAUGACUUUUAAGGACCAUCCAGCUCAUGAAACACGAGGUCAACAGAUGUUUGCCUAAAAAUGACGCAGAUUAAAAAUUAGUUUUCUUUUUUUCUCUCUGUUGCAUUUUGUACCAUUUGUUAUUGCACAAUCUGAAGAACACUUCGAAGAAUCGGAAUAAAGCAUACUGUUUAAAAAAAAAAAAGUUGUAAAUUAAAAAAUAGGUUUUUAAUCUAAUAUUACCGCUACCCAUAAUAUGCAUUUAGUAAAGCUUCCUAGUCAACGUCGUAGAUCCUGCUUUUAAAUAUGCCCUAUCAUUUGCAUGAUAGCAUUUCUGAAGGCGACAUUAAUAUAUUAAAAUCAGUUUUGUCAUUUCGUGUAUUUUACAAUUCAAACUUCUGUCCAUAUGCUAUAUUUCUCUAAAAGUGUUGCAGCACUUUAUGCUGCUUUUUAAAGAGCUUUUAAUUUUUUUAAAUAAUGAACCAGAAAUUAUUUAAAAUGUAACGUGAAUGCAUUGUAAAUUAAGGCACAUUUUUAACAAACUAGUUGUAAAUUGAAAGAAUUGAUGCUUACUAACUUGUACAGUUUGGGCUUACAAAACCUUUUUUUUUUUACUAAGAUGUAUGGUCUUGCUGUUACACAUUAAAAGCAUAUGUUUAUGGCCUGUUAUAUUAUAUGUUAUGAAAGUAAACCAAUGUAUAUACCUGUAUAAAAAAUGUAAUUUGUUUUUAAAGAAAAUUAUUUUUUCCUUUUGUCGUGUAUUUUACAAAAUUACAAGCACUAUUUAAGUAAGAGUUUUUAUAAAUUAUUUCAAAAGCAUUGAAAUAAUCCCCAUCAAGUUUCCAGUGUUAAUUUAGUGGUGUACAAUUUUUUGUUUAACUAAGCCAAAAAACUUAUUUUAAAAGCUGAAAUUGGGUAAAAAGUUUUGGUCAGUCAAAGGUAGUUCAAUUACUUCCCUUAAAAAAUAACUGAAUUGAUUCAAAUUUCUGAAAGUGUUAAGAUAAGUCUUAAAAUCAUAAUAGUAAUAAAAAAAAUGGAAUGAGUAUUUAAUUACAAAGUAAACAUUACAUUACAACGUAAAAAUAUUUAGUAAGCUUGUACUAUAAAUUUUUCGAAAAAAUAUUUUUAACAAUUUACAAAUUUUGAAUUCUUUGAUUAGACUUUUGAUUUUUGACAAAUUUGAUUUUUAAAAAAUUUGAGGGUCUUGUUUGGCCCUGGAACUCAGGUUGUGCCUCUCCAUUUUAAUUUAAUUUAAACUUAACAUUUAGUUUUGCAUUUAUAGGCAUAUUACUAUCAGUAGCUAAAGUACUUUAUUAAUUUUUUCAAAUGCUGUUGUAAACCAUUCUACUUAUUAUUUGUGACUCAUCAAUUGUUCUACUAAAAAUUUUGAAACUCAAAAUAUUAUUAAAUUGUUAGUAAUAGUAAUUAUCAUAUUUGAAUAGAUAUAGAAAUUGUUUUUGGCUUCUUGUAGAAACAUUAUAUGCAGGUAAUAUUUUUUAUUUGAAAUUAUUCUAAAGUUUUUCAUUGCAAAGGACUUUUUAAUGCUGAAAAUAAUUUGAUUUUUUUUUUUUAAAUGUUAAAUUAUACUUUGUGAAAAUAAUGAUUUGUAUAGAGUAAUAAGUUCUAGUCAAAAAAGAAAAUCUUUUAACUUAGCAUAGAAUUUCUUAUUCGUAAUAUUUUUUAAUUAUUGGAAAAAUAAAUAUCUUUUUUUAUUUUGCUUAAUUUUUAAUGUUGCAGUUUAUGAAUAAAUUCUUUAAAGAUAGUUAUAUGUAUGAAAUUUUGUUUGUUAUCAAUUGAAAACUAAAAAAAUCAUCUGGUUUUAAAAAUAAUAAUAACCAAAAUUAUUUUUAUUUAUGCCGAGUUUUGAGUUCCUAUUGUUAAAAGCAUUCUUCACAUAUACGAUGCUUAAUGUUUUUAAUUUUUUUACUUCAAAAGUUUUUAAAGUAAUAUUUCCUACAUUUACUUAACAAGUCUUUAGUAUUAUAACCAAUAUUUAUUUACAUUUUGGUCACAUUUAAUUUCUUCUCUUGUUAAAUUGUUUUAUUUGUGAUGGAUAUUGAAGUGUGUUGUAAUUGUAAAGAAGUUAAAAUGUACAAAUAUACAUUGAGUGAAAAUUUAUUGAGUGCCAUGAUUUCCUCUAAAUUAUUGUUAGGAAAUGUUUUACGUACUGUUGAAUCUCGGUUUUAUUAUCUAUGAUUUACGUAUCUUUAGUUGAUUUGUUAAUUGUAAAUAAGUUUAACUGAGAAAAUAGAGGUGUACAUUUCACUGUCAGACCAACCCAAAAAAUUGAAUUGUUUUAAGCAAUUUUGUUUUAAUUUAUGUGACUUAUGAAGAUUUAUUUAAUUUGUAAAUAUUGUUUAAUUUAUCUUUAAAAAAAAUUUGUUCUAAUCGGGAAAUAAAAUUCAUUUCUAUCUUGCUCACUUUUAAGUUAAUAAAAAAAUGUCCAUUUUUUUGUAAAUAAACAAAAAUUUCUAAUAAAAAAUAUUUAACCCUGUUUGGCUAAAUACUUAGAAAACUUAUUCUAUCGUAAUUUAAUUCUGCUAUUCUUCCAAAUUGCCAAUUUCUAUGAAGCACAGAGUUUUUAUGUACACUUUAAAAUUAUGGCUUCCAUUUUACUGUACAUUUCUGUAUAAAUUGAUUUUAUUUGCUUCAAAUAGUCAGUUAAAUUAAUAUUUUAUAUUGAAUGAAACUUCUGAACAUUCAGUAGUUUCAACAUUUGAAGGUAGCUAUUAAAGAAUUUAAUUCUAUUUGAUUUAAAUAGCUCUAAGAUUUAAUGAUUUUUUUAAAUCAUUAAGUAUACAUGUUAUACCUUUUUGCUAUUGAUGUACUUUUUGUUUCUUAUAAUUUGAAAUGAAUAUGUCAGCUGUAAUAUAAAUGCAGUCUAUCCUCAAACGAGCUAACUUGGAAAUCGCAAAUUUACAGUGAUUCUGAUAUGCUUCAGUAUUUGCUGUUCGAUAAUGGGAUAAGAAAACGAAUACAUUUCUGCCAACUCUUACUUCUACAAAAUAUUUUUUUAUAGAAGAAAAAUAAAGUUUUUGAAAUUUGAUGUUUACAUAAGUUAUGAAGCUUGCUCAUUUUAUUAAUUUUGUAUGCUAGAAAAAUUUAAACUAUCCAUGUGCUUUAACAGUUUCUUCUUAUUUUUUCUUUCUUUCGGGAAUUAAUUAUUGGAAUUUAUUUAAAAGCAACUCUUAUUAGGCUAAAAUGUUCUAGAAUUUUACAUUAAGGUAUCUCGGAUUUUCUAAUAUAUAGGUUUGACUGUAUCUCUUAUAUUAUAUCUGACAUAUGUUUUACCAGUCAUAAUUUAAAUGCUUCCUCAGAGAUGAAUAUUUUUAUAUAUAUAUUCAGUCCAAGAAGUGUUGUAGCAGGAAGGAAUGUAGAUUCCAUCUCGGCAGCUGUAAUAACCGUGCUUUCCUAUUGUGCUUCUGAGCUAUAGUACCCUCAUUUGUAAUAAAGCAUGCAAAAAUCCCUUUUACUGAAAGAAAGAAAAACAAAACCUUUUUAUAACAAUGUAAGUUAUUUCAUAUAUGUAAAUCUUUAACUUUUAUCUUCAAUAUAAUGGUCAGUAAAUGGUAAAUAAACAUUUUUUACUCUCAA